UCAGGUCGCAUCGGAUCGAACCGUUUCGCUCCACUCCGGGUCUCGACCAGCCUCGUGCGCAGGAUCCAGAUCCAACUCCACUCUGUGUUCGGGCUCCGUCGCUUCGGCAAAGGGAAAGAAAAAAAAAAACUAGGCAGCGCGACGAGACGACUGGAGGCUCGAGGAAAAGGAGAACAGGAGGGACACAAAGAGGAAGAGAGAGGAUAAAAGGAAAGAGGAUAAGGGGCCGGAGGCGGCUCGAACCCGCGCGCUCUCCAGAUCCGCCCUUCUCCCGCGCAAAUCCAGCUCGCUGCCGCGCUCACCAAGGGAGAAUCCCGACCUAGGGUUCCCCGCGCCUCAGACCCAGCCUCCAGCAGAUCUGUGCCACCUCGCUGGCGCCUGGUAACAUGACACCAACGGUCCUCAUGGAGUUUGCGCCGCAGAGGCAGAUUAAACGGGGCUACGACGAAAUGGCCUACCGGGGCGUGCCCCGUGGGUAUGCAGAGACAGUUGAUGAGUCAGGCAGCCCUGUUCGUGUUGACUCCCAAGAUUCGUCUGCGCCAAAACGCAAGUGCAUCAGCCUUAACAGUGAUGGCUUUGGUGUGAAGCGAGAGAUCUUUGUCCCGUCUAAGAUGUCAUCGUCUGAGCGCCGGUACCUCCGCAAGAGAUUCCGGUCAGAGCUUGAUUCGGUCCGGGAUCUCCUUAAGAAGCCAGAGUUUUUGGCCAUCUUGCCUGUCAGCAGAGCACCUGCCUACUCAUCCUCGGCUGCCCCUCGGCCUAAAAAGGUGCAACGGGGGAGCCAUGUUGUCCGUGGUGCCAAGGGACGCUUCUUGCCCACAAAACCUCGGCCGGAAAUGUCUAUAGUGUUGCCUGAAGCUACAAUUCUGAAGAUGUGCGAAGGUAUUCUGAAGAAGCUGAUGACUCAGAAAUGUAGUCAUAUUUUUAAUGUUCCGGUAGACGUGGAAAAGCUGAAUAUUCCAGAUUACAAUGACAUUAUCAAGCACCCGAUGGACCUGGGGACCAUCAAGAAGAAGCUAGAUUCUGGUUCCUACACAAGGCCAUCUGAUUUUGCAGCUGAUGUCAGGCUGACCUUUAACAAUGCAAUAACAUACAAUCCUCGAGGGCAUGCAGUGCAUGAUAUGGCCAUUCAACUGAAUAAAAUGUUUGAGUCUAGAUGGAAGACAGUUGAGAAGAAGUUGGCUUGUGCUGCCACUAAGCCACAUGUCGAGGUUGAUAGGGCCGACUCGAAGAGGAGAAAGACCCCUCCUGUUGACUGCGGUGACUUGUCAGUAGAGCGUGUCAGGCCAACUGAGAUUAUGAAGCCAAAGAUGACAUUUGAGGAGAAAGAAUCCUUUGGAAACUGCUUAGCUUCUUUGUCUGAGGAGCCAGAAUUAUUACCUGGUCACAUCAUUGAUUUGUUACAGCAGUGUAUUGACAACAAUGCUGAUCAGCCUGGGGAUGGAGAGAUAGAAAUUGAUAUCCAUGCACUCAGUGAUGACAUACUCUUAGAAUUGAAGAAGCACGUGGACAAAUAUUUGCAAGAGAGAGAUAACCAGCAGACAAAAUCCGAGCCUUCUGAGAAUGAGGCUGUGAAUGUUCCUGGCCUCAGUCACUUGUCAACAAAUCCCUGCAAAGGUGGUGAGCCUGUUGAGGAGGAUGUGGACAUUUGCGGCAAUGCAUCCCCAAUAUUGAUAGAGAAGGAUCCACAGAUCAGAACUAACAAAUGUGGUAGCCCAAGUAGUUCCAGCAGUGACUCAGGAUCUUCAUCCAGCGAUUCUGACUCAGGCAGUGAUACUGAAAGUGAAUCAGAAAAGGUUGGUAGCCCAGCAAAGCUUGCGAAGGUUAUUAAAGUACCAGAACAACCUGCAGAGCAAGAAAAGAGUGAUGUUAUUAACCCUGUUGAUGUUAACCACACUGCUGGUGAUGUGGAACUCCGUGAGCAGGAUAAUGAGUCCAAGGCUGCACCUGAGGGGGAGAAUGCAAAAUCCGGCAGGCAAGUCUCCCCGGACAAGCUCUUACGAGCAGCUCUUUUGAGGAGCCGUUAUGCUGAUGUAAUUGUGAAAGCUCGUGGGAUUCUCAGCCAGGGUGAGGGUGGAGAUAAACAGGAGGAGCUGGAGAAACUGCAGAAGGAAGAGAAAGAAAGGCUUUUGGCCGAAGGUAAUGCAGCUAUGGAAGCUCGCAGAGCUGAAGCCGAAGCUGAAUCUAAGCGUAAGCGGGACCUGGAGAGGGAAAAGGCUCGUCAGGCCUUGCAGGAGAUGGAGAGAACUGUAGAAAUUAAUGACAGCGUCCAUCCCAGGGACCUAGAAAUGCUUGGUACAGUCACCACAGAACAUAUUGUGAGUUCUGUUGAUGAGACGAGUCCUGAUCAUUCCCAGGAUGGUAUGCCCAGUUUUCUUCCUGGUUCUGGCAACAUGUUGGAAAAACUUGGACUAUUUAUGAAAGUUGAUGAGGAAGAAGACGAAGAUGAGCCAUGCAGUGUCCCCAGGAGCAAAGUUGCGGAGGAAGCAGAAGUCAACUAAUGUCUGUUGACAUGUUGGAGCCUUCUCGUCAAAGACAGAACAAUCGCCUGUUUCAGCUGAUGAUGCUUCACAUGGGGAAAUUGCUGAUGAUGCGUCACAUGGGGAGAUUGCUGAUGAUGCGUCACAUGGGGAAAUUGCUGGGUAGCCGUACACAUAUCAGACAUUUUUUCUGAAAAGGUGCACAGAAUUCCCUCUAUCAAAUUUGGUGUCGCUGGAGGAGUUAAAUCAUGCGCUUGCAGGAUGCACUCCCUUGGAUGGGAGGAUAGAGCUCGAGGCAAGCAUGUAUUCCUGCACGCCCUUGGAAGGGAAGAUAGAGAUUGCCGCCACCAUGUACAGCUGCAAAUGAAAAUGUGAGUUCAUCUCCCAGAUGAACUAUUUCUCCCAGAAUCGAGACGUUGCUGGGAGCUGUUGUCAGGUGUAUUAAUCUGAUAAAGCUUGUGUAGAGCCUUGGAGAUACUGGAGGACCAAUUGGUUCUGUCACACUGCUGUGCACUGUGAUCCAAGUGCGUUUCCCAUUGUGGCUGAUUGUUUACUCAGCGUAGCUUCUCUUUUCAGUUUGUGAUAUUUUGUUGCUUCCUGCUGUAAAUUCAAAUUUUGCUGUAGUCGAGGAAGUGCUUAGUUGCUUGCUGGGCAUCUGUGAUGAACAGCUCCUGCUAUUAUUGUAACAGGAAAAACUUGUGCAAAUGUGAUAAUACAUCAUUUAGUUCAAUGUUCUGAACUCCCUCAAA